GUUGAAUAUGUGAUCAAGUGUGAUAUGUCAGCUCUGCAGAAGAUUUUGUACCGCCAUAUGCAAGCCAAGGGGAUCCUGCUCACAGAUGGUUCUGAGAAAGAUAAGAAGGGGAAAGGAGGUGCAAAGACUCUUAUGAACACUAUCAUGCAGUUGAGGAAAAUCUGCAAUCAUCCCUAUAUGUUUCAGCACAUUGAGGAAUCCUUUGCUGAACACCUAGGCUAUUCAAAUGGAGUCAUUAAUGGGGCUGAGCUGUAUCGGGCUUCAGGAAAAUUUGAGCUGCUUGAUCGUAUUCUGCCCAAAUUGAGAGCAACUAACCACCGCGUGCUGCUUUUCUGCCAGAUGACAUCUCUCAUGACCAUCAUGGAGGAUUACUUUGCUUUUCGGAACUUCCUUUACCUGCGCCUUGAUGGCACCACCAAGUCUGAAGAUCGUGCUGCUUUGCUGAAAAAAUUCAAUGAACCUGGGUCCCAAUAUUUCAUUUUCUUGUUGAGCACGCGAGCUGGAGGCCUGGGCUUAAAUCUGCAAGCAGCUGACACGGUGGUCAUCUUUGACAGCGACUGGAAUCCUCACCAGGAUCUGCAGGCACAAGACCGGGCUCACCGCAUCGGUCAACAGAAUGAGGUCCGGGUUCUGAGACUCUGCACCGUGAACAGUGUGGAAGAAAAGAUUCUUGCAGCAGCAAAAUACAAGCUGAACGUGGAUCAGAAAGUUAUCCAGGCCGGCAUGUUUGAUCAGAAGUCUUCAAGCCAUGAGCGGAGGGCAUUCCUGCAGGCCAUAUUGGAGCAUGAAGAGGAAAAUGAGGAAGAAGAUGAAGUACCAGACGAUGAGACUCUGAACCAAAUGAUUGCUCGACGAGAAGAAGAAUUUGACCUUUUUAUGCGUAUGGACAUGGACAGGCGGAGGGAAGAUGCCCGAAAUCCAAAGCGUAAACCUCGCUUAAUGGAGGAAGAUGAGUUGCCCUCCUGGAUUAUUAAGGAUGAUGCUGAAGUGGAAAGGCUCACAUGUGAAGAGGAAGAGGAGAAAAUAUUUGGUAGGGGGUCUCGCCAGCGCCGUGAUGUGGAUUAUAGCGAUGCCCUGACAGAGAAGCAAUGGCUCAGGGCCAUUGAAGACGGCAAUUUGGAAGAAAUGGAAGAGGAAGUACGGCUUAAGAAAAGAAAAAGACGAAGAAAUGUGGACAAAGAACCUGCUAAAGAAGAUGUGGAAAAAGCCAAGAAGCGAAGAGGCCGCCCUCCAGCUGAGAAACUCUCACCAAAUCCCCCCAAACUGACAAAGCAGAUGAAUGCUAUCAUUGAUACCGUGAUAAACUACAAAGAUAGGUGUAACGUGGAGAAGGUGCCCAGUAAUUCUCAGUUGGAAAUAGAAGGAAACAGUUCAGGGCGACAGCUCAGUGAAGUCUUCAUUCAGUUACCUUCCCGGAAAGAGUUACCAGAAUACUAUGAAUUAAUUAGGAAGCCAGUGGAUUUCAAAAAAAUAAAGGAAAGAAUUCGUAAUCACAAGUACCGGAGCCUUGGCGACCUGGAGAAAGAUGUCAUGCUUCUCUGUCACAAUGCACAGACAUUCAACUUGGAGGGAUCCCAGAUCUACGAAGACUCCAUUGUCUUACAGUCAGUGUUUAAAAGCGCUCGGCAGAAAAUUGCCAAAGAGGAAGAGAGUGAGGACGAAAGCAAUGAAGAGGAGGAAGAUGAAGAAGAAGAGGAGUCCGAGUCUGAGGCAAAAGCUGUUAAGGUGAAAAUCAAGCUUAAUAAAAAAGAUGAGAAAGGCCGGGACAAAGGAAAAGGCAAGAAAAGGCCAAAUCGAGGAAAAGCCAAACCGGUUGUGAGUGAUUUCGACAGCGAUGAAGAACAGGAUGAAAAUGAACAGUCAGAAGCAAGUGGAACUGAUGAUGAGUGAUCCGUACGGACCUUUUUCCCAUGGUAGAACUGAAUACUUCCUUCCCUCUCUCAUUUCUUCCCAGUGAGCUCACUUGUUCAUUUGGACACUGGGUUGUUUCUACGUCAUCAUCAUCAUCUAUAAACUAGCUUUAGGAUAGUGCCAGACAAACAUAUGAUAUCAUGGUGUAAAAAAACACACAAAUAUUUGUAACAUAUUGUGACCAAAAUGGGCCUCAAAGAUUCAGAGAUUAAAACAAACAAAAGCUUUUGAUGGAAAAUAUGUGGGUGGAUAGUAUAUUUCUAUGGGUGGGUCUAAUUUGGUAAUGGUUUGAUUGUGCCUGGUUUUAUCACCUGUUCUGAUGAGAAGAUUUUUUUGUCUUUUGUAGCACUGAUAGCCAGGAGAAGCCAUUAAAAGCCACUGGUUAUUUUAUUUUUCAUCAGGCAAUUUUCAAGAUUUUUAUUUGUUCAGUAUUGUUUUUUUUUACACUGUGGUACAUAUAAGCAACUUUAAUAGGUGAUAAAUGUACAGUAGUUAGAUUUCACCUGCAUAUACAUUUUUCCAUUUUAUGCUCUAUGAUCUGAAGAACAAAUGCUUUUUGAAUUGUAUAAGAUUUUAUGUCUACUGUAAACAUUGCUUAAUUUUUUUGCUCUUGGUUUAAAGUUUUGUUGAAAACGCUAUUGAAUAUUGCAAUCUAUAGAGUGUACUGGAUGGCUUCUUUUGUCGACCUGAUCUCCUCUGUUACCAAUGUGUAUUGUCUCCUCCCUAAAGUGUACUUAAUCUUUGCUUUCUUUGCACAAUGUCUUUGGUUGCAAGUCAUAAGCCUGAGGCAAAUAAAAUUCCAGUAAUUUCAAAGAGUGUGGUGUUGGUGCUUUCCUAACCUAAUAAACAGAUAAUUUAGCU